GGAGGCCUUUUUCGCGUGAAGAUCGCGGCGAGGAAGUGCUCGGAAUCUGGAAUUUUCAGUCAUAUUGUGUGCCUGCGCUUGUGGGCGUCUGUCUUCCGAUCAUUUUGACCUCACUGUUGAAAAGGAAUCACAAUAUCCUUUGCGAUUCGUCACUAAGUGGAGUGCAGUAAUCAUGUUACAUGAUGUUAACACUUGAAUAUUAUGUCAGGUAAAAUGUUUUGGUAAGCAUAUUAAGCAUUUUAGGGCACAAAAUUUAAAAAAAUUGGUUUAGAUCUCAAAAUUAUUUGACUUUAUUAAUCGCGGCAAUGGGGGAUGUGGAGUUUCAGGAUGUCCAAGAGACAAGGCGCACUCCACAGAGUGCAAUGAGAAUGAUCCGCAUGGAACUCGACGAGGAGGAGAAUCGCCGGCAAAUGUCGACCAGUAAAUAUGGAGGCGUAUGCUUUCACGUGGCCAUAGCCGUGAUGCUUUGUGUAAUGGUGUUGGUGCUAAUUUGUUCGGCUCCCCUUGGAGAAAACAUGUCCAAUCUUACGCCCGAGGAGCGGCACGCUCGCCUGAGGCAGAUUUACGUUGAGAAAGAGCGCCGGCAGAGACUUGGCAGCGGGAUGGGCUUGAGUCCGCUAGAGGAGGAGGCCAAUGAUCGGCUCAUGGCCAUUAGGCAGGUGGACGAGGAGUUUUAUAAUCUCUGGAGGAACUAUCACUCCCAGCCACCGCCGUUUCUGAAACAUCUGAACAUCAUCGAUACGAAUCUUUAUGCGGCGCUUAAGAGCAUGCCCAAGGGCGGACUCCUUCACGUCCACGAUUCGGGAAUGCUGAGAACGGAAGUCCUUAUCGAUUUGACAUACCGCGAUAACCUGUGGGUCUGCGUUAACAUGGAACAGGGCUUCGAGGACUUCCGAUUCUCCAGAUACUUUCCUCACAUCCCGCCCGCUGAGGACUACCAGUGCAAUUGGAUGCUGAUGAGCAACUUCUUCCAGUUCGAGUCUCGGUUAGAACUUGAGAACAGGUUGAGGAAAAUUCUCACUGUCCGGCCGGAGGGGUAUAAGAGUUCCUCCGAGUUGGCGCGACACUUAAGACGCCACCAACGCAUCAUCCAUGGACUGAUCACAUUCCGCCCGAUCUGGAGUGAAUUUAUAUUUACCAUGCUGAGCGAUUUCUAUGCCGACGGGGUGCAUUAUGUAGAGCUGCGUUCCUCGCUGCCAAUUAUGUACGAUCUGGAUGGAAAUAACUUUACUAUUUUGGAAACGGCGGAUGCCUUAGUUUCAGUAUCGAAUAUUUUUAAGAAUAGCUUCAAAGAUUUCAUCGGAAUUAAGCUGAUCUACGCUCCUUCUAGGAACUUAAAUAACUGUCGCAUGGAUGAGUAUUUGGAAAAUGCACGUCUGCUUAAGUUGCAUUAUCCGAAUUUCUUUGCUGGAUUUGAUCUUAACACCUUUGGUGACGAGUGCAAUUUACCACUUUUAGAAAAUGUUACUCAACUGUUAAGGAUCGGAAAAAAUAUUGACUUCUAUUUCCAUGCGGGAGAGUCCCGAUGUCCGGAUAGUUCCCGCCCAGAUGCGAAUCUUUUAGAGGCAUUAUUGUUGCAAAGUAAACGUAUCGGGAAUGCCGUGAAUCUACCCUUUCAUCCGGAGAUUAUGAAGGUCAUGAAAAGGCUUAGUAUAGCCGUGGAGAUCUGUCCCCUGUCCAACCAUUAUCUGCAAUAUUUUAACGAUUUUCGUCAACAUCCGGCGGCGUAUCUGAUUGCCGCCGGAUUUCCAAUUGUAAUUGGGUCGGACUAUCCGUGUUUCUGGAACUCCGCCCCUCUGACCGACGACUUCUAUGUGGCCUUCGUGGGCGUGAUUAGUGGUUGGGGCAAUUUGCGCCUCCUAAAGCAGUUUGCCCUCAAUUCGUUUCUGUUUAGCUCCCUCAGCGAAACGGAGAAGAAUAUGGCCGUAUCCAAGUGGCAGUGCAGCUGGAACCGAUGGGUCAGAAACUUAGUCAAUAGUAGUGGAUACUAAUAAGUAAUUGUCGAAUCAUUAACAAAAAUUGUAUUAAAAAAUUAAUGGGCGAACAAAAAGGUGUUUACUAAGACAUUUUAGCUAUAUUUUACUUUAUGUAUACAGCCAAUUUUUACAUAAUUAACUACAUAAUGGAAAAACCUCUUUUAUUCUUGGUAUAAUUAGGAGCAAUUUAAGUUUUAUAUUCGUUUUAAAUACGUAUUUAGCUAUGAUAAGAGGCCUUAGUUCUUUAUAUGUAUAUGUAGAGCAACUUUUUCGGCUUUAUCAAUGCACAAUUUAAUAAGAAUGGGUUAUUUUGCCUUCGAGGGCAUGGCUUUCCGGUUUAUCGAGAGUGGCCAAUAAAGUGACCAACAGCACGGCACUUGAAUGUCAGGGAUAUAGCCAUGGGCAGGGUUAGGUAAUCUAAUCGCCGGCUACUCGUAAAUCAAGAUGCCAGAUUGGGCGAUUGUGGUCGAUUAUCUGGAUGGCAGGUUGCCAACCCAAACGCGCAAUUAUCGCCUCGAGAUCCAUUUGAACGCGUGUUAAAUCAAAGAUAAUGCCGAACCGCCAAUUG